GAAAUUUGUUGUUGAUAUCCCCGGAAUAGGUAGGGUUAUACUGGUCUCGAUCAAUUUUUAUUAUCCCCAUUCAUUCCCUAUUUAACCCACAAAAACUCUCAACAUCUCUCCAUCCCUAUUAUCAUGAAUGUUCAAAUACUAUAAUGGCUGCUCAACUCGGUCUUCUCUCCUUAUCCCAACUCGAAAAAUUGAAACAAGCUCAAGAGCGACUACACUUUAAAGGAGCCUCGUGGAUGUGGAACUCUAAGCAACAAGUCAUGGUGGAUCAAGAGAGUGAUGAUUCGUGGGAAGUCCGUGCCUUCGAAGAAGAUACUAACAAUGCCAUGGGAACCACUUGGCCGCCGCGGUCUUAUACUUGUACUUUCUGUAGAAGGGAAUUCCGGUCAGCUCAAGCCCUAGGUGGCCAUAUGAACGUGCACCGUCGUGACCGGGCUCGCCUGCACCAAACGCCUCCGCUGCCUACCGGUUGCACCACCGCUGUCAUAAUGAAUCCAGCUCACCAUCAGGAACUUGUAGCCAACGGUGGUGUGUGCCUUUUCUACACUUUACCAAACCCUAAUGCUGUUUUAUCACCUUCAACUGUAAAUCACUGUGUGGAAUCAUCUAAACUUCACUCAGUUAAUUUACCCUACGCAUCCAAUAAUUUUGUGCCACCUAAUUGCCCUCCUCCUCUGUCCAUAAAUCUCUCCCGGGCACAUAGUGUCAAUUCCUCCCUAGGCCACUCUAGUAACACCGAACAUUCGGCUUCAACAAUCAAUGACAAUUGCAAUGAAGACUAUCUGAUUACCAGCAAGAAAGACUCCGGUGAAUUUCAAAAAGAAAUUGACCUAGAGCUCCGGCUCGGAUGUGGGCCCUCGCCAUCUUAACAAACAAGGUUGAUGAUUGGGAUCGGAAUAGAAGAAUAAUUAAGUAAAAUGUGUUCUUUCCGAAUGAGAUUAAUUAAUGGCGUGUCAUCUGAGUGCACGACUGGAUUGAUGGAUCUGCAGAAUGACUCUGAAUUUUUAUUUCGUUUCGUACAUUAAGGUUUGAUUUUUUCAUUACUCAUGUUUGAUUGCAUUGAUUAUAUAAGUUGCAGCAAAACAAAAUGCGGAUGCGAAAGAAAGCAGCUUUGUAAACUCAUCAAGAAAUUAGAGGUGGCAGUAAAUUAUCUAGUUUGUAUUGAUAGGCAAUAUGCAUUCUCUCUUCCGGUAAGAAUAGUAUAUACAUGCAGUGUAGUGUUGAUAUUGGCUCCAGGGGACAGCAGAAUAUCAAAGUUCGGCUAUGUAUACAAUGGUAACUGUAAUGCCAAUGUCAAUGUACUUUUAAUUUUGAAUUUGUUGAAAGUAAUUAAAUAUGAAUUAAUCAA